AUGUCCAGCAACACAUCCUCUCCUGGCGUAAGGCCUGCGUCUAAUUCAGACAACAAUAGCGACUCGGUCAACUUUACAGCGCUUGUCGUCGCUCUCGUUGCUCUUGUAGUAGCACUACUUCAGCUGAUUCUUCAAUAUGUCCUUUCCGCUGAAAGCAGGUCCAAAUGUAGCAAAGCGGCCAUUGGCCGAUGGUCGACCAAGAACAAGCAAUAUUGGAGGCCAUGGAGAGCCAAGCUGUAUAUUAGGUAUGCUCGACCGAGUAUAUCUCGAAAGCAAUUCCUGGCGGCUGUUCGCGAGCAAGGAACAGAACGUCACAAUAACUUGGAAAUUCUGGAUAGGUUUAAAGUGAUGGAACACUUGCCCAGUAUGUCUUCAUUCCAGAACGUAUAUUUGUGUACUGAUUAUCACCCUCUGUUUUGGCCGUCUUCCAACGCCCAACCUAAAGUUGCCGAGAAUAAGGACGGCGUCGAAGUCACUGGUGUGCCCCAAGUCAUAUUAACGAGAAGAGGGACAGAAGAAGCAACACACGUAAAUAUCAACACGCUUCGAGGGAGGGAACGAGACGCGGCCAUGUCUCUUUCCAAAGUCUCCAGACGUCUCUUUACCCCGCCCCCUCCAACCAAAGCGACAUGGUGCUCUCUGCUAUGUGAUCUCGGACUGGAUCUUGAGCGUCUCCCUGGUACUGGCGAGAUGAUUGACGCCGAUACCAUCCCAUCCGUGCUCGACGCCCCUCCUUUAUAA